AGAAAGAGAUAAUAGAGAGAGGGAGCGAGAAAAUAGGGAAAGGGAAAGAGAAAACAGAGAAAGAGAUAGAAUUUCUAAGUCUGAUAAUGGACCAAGUCCUGCUCGGUCUAAAAGUAAAUACAAUUUUGAUCAAGCAAACAAAGAGAUGACCCAGCGUGAACGGCUCACUGAGCAGCUUGACAAGGGCACGCUGGAAUGCCUGGUCUGCUGCGACAGGGUGAAGCAGUUUGACCAGGUGUGGUCUUGCAGCAACUGUUACCAUGUGUUACAUCUCAGGUGUAUUAGGAAGUGGGCCAUGAGUAGUAUGGUUGAGGGCAAAUGGCGUUGCCCAGCCUGCCAGAACACAAACGAGGCCAUUCCUACGGAAUACCGCUGCAUGUGCGGGGCUGUGCGAGCGCCUGAGUACCAGCGCGGCGCCGCAGGGGCGCACACCUGUGGUCGCGCCUGUCGUAGAGCGAGGGCCUGUCCGCACCCCUGCACCUUGUUGUGCCAUCCCGGCCCCUGUCCGCCGUGUCAGGCUACUGUUGUUAAACAAUGUGGUUGCGGCGCGGAAAGCCGCUCGAUCCUCUGCAGCAGCAAGCUACCUCAAGUGUGUGGGCGUACCUGUGGCCGAACCCUGGAGUGUGGCGUGCAUACCUGUGCUAAAGACUGCCAUGAAGGACCCUGCGAUACCUGUACUGAGACUGUCGAACAAGUAUGCUUCUGCCCAGCCGCCAAGUCCCGGUCAGUUCCCUGCACGGCAGAAACAGGCGGCGUCAGUAGCUGGGAGUGCGGCGACGCGUGCGGACGUGUGCUUGCAUGUGGCGCUCACGUGUGUCGAGCGAAAUGUCACGCCCCACCCUGUCCUGCUUGCCAGCUGCUGCCGAAACAUGUGAAGACUUGCCCUUGUGGGAAUACACAGUUAGCGAAAGACUCGCGCAAAUCAUGCACGGAUCCCAUCCCGUUAUGUGGUAACAUCUGCGCCAAGCCUCUGAACUGCGGUCCGGCUGGAGACAAACACUUCUGCAAACUUAACUGCCAUGAAGGUCCGUGCCCCGAAUGCCCCGACAAGACGGUGCUACAAUGCCUGUGCGGACACUCCAGCCGCGAGGUGCCGUGCGCCGACCUGCCCGCUAUGUACAACAAUGUUAUGUGCCAAAAGAAGUGUAACAAGAAGUUAUCCUGCGGUCGUCACCGCUGCCGCACUUUAUGCUGCGCGGCGACGUCGCACCGCUGCGGCGUGGUGUGCGGCCGCACGCUGUCCUGCCAGACGCACCGCUGCGAGGAGUUCUGCCACACCGGACACUGUGCCCCAUGUCCGCGCGUCAGUUUCGAAGAACUUACAUGCGAAUGUGGUGCCGAAGUAAUCCUACCACCAGUCCGCUGUGGGACAAGACCUCCCGCCUGCAGCGCCCCCUGCAUUCGCGAGCGUCCCUGCAAGCAUCCACCCCACCACUCGUGCCACUCCGGCGACUGUCCGCCCUGUGUCGUGCUCACGACCAAGCGCUGCCACGGUGACCAUGAGGAACGCAAAACAAUACCGUGUUCGCAAGAAGAGUUCUCGUGCGGGUUGCCAUGCGGUAAACCGCUACCGUGCGGCAAACACACCUGCAUCAAGACCUGUCAUAAAGGACCUUGUGAUACUGGCAAGUGCACUCAACCUUGCAUGGAGAAGCGUCCGAGCUGCGGUCAUCCUUGCGCAGCACCGUGCCACGUGGCGGCCGGCACAUCCUGCCCCAGCACGGCGCCGUGCCGCCGUCCUGUCAGGGCUACCUGCCCCUGUAACCGCAGGCACGCGGAGCGAGCUUGCGCGGAUAAUGCACGGGAUUUAGCUAAAAUGAUGAGUGCUCUAGCUGCAACGAAGAUGUCGGAAGGCGGAUCAGUGGACCUUUCAGAUGUACAGCGCCCCGGCAACAUGCUUAAAACUCUAGAAUGCGACGACGAAUGCCGCGUCGAAGCCCGCACCCGCCAACUGGCAUUAGCUCUUCAGAUCCGCAACCCCGACGUAUCAGCGAAGUUGGCGCCGCGGUACAGCGAGCAUGUUCGAGCUACGGCUGCAAGAGAACCUGCUUUUGCCAACCAGAUACAUGAUAAACUUACUGAGCUGGUGCAGCUUGCUAAGAAGUCAAAACAGAAGACCCGAGCGCACUCGUUCCCAUCGAUGAACUGGCAGAAGCGUCAGUUCAUACACGAGCUGUGCGAACACUUCGGUUGUGAGAGCGUUGCCUACGAUGCCGAGCCUAACAGGAACGUUGUAGCCACUGCCGAUAGAGAGAAGUCAUGGCUGCCAGCAAUGAGUGUAUUGGAGGUGUUAGCACGCGAGGCCGGCAAGCGGCGCGUGCCCGGCCCCGUGCUGCGCGCCCCGCCCGCCGCCUCGCCCGCCGCGCCCGCGCCCUCGCACUCCACGCAGCAUGCAGUCACCAAAUCAACAGGCGGCUGGGCGACACUAACGUCCACGAACGCAUGGGCGGCCCGCAGCCAGCCGAAGCCACAGCCGGCAGCCGCGCCACCCGCCGAGAAGAUCGACUACUUCGACAACCCGCCUGACAACUAGGCCAAUUAGCUCAAAUAAUAUAGCUUAGUCGUACACUCAGUGCUUAUUAUGUCAAAAUAAUUUACUGUAUUUAUUUAUUGGGAUCAAAAUUCUGGCCAGGCGCCAUUUUGUAACUAAUUUGGUCUAUAGAACGUGUGUUGGGACCACGAAGAACAAAAUGUGUUCGGGAACGUUACUAACUCCACCCUCAUACGACUUCUUCGUAACCCGCUUAAUUUUUCAAAAACCAAAUCGCCAAUUAAUCAAGACCAAUCUGUUCACAGAUAUGUCAAGAUACCUAAACAUUCGUUCUAGUAACUUAUCGUUUUCGUCACGCUUAUCGCACGUUACGUGACCUACAAGAACCAACCUGACCUAUAAUGCCUUAUGGCAUCUCCGCUCAUCUUUCCUUCCUCCGUGGUUGGGACGUUCAAUUCUAAGUGUUCUCAAUUGAAAAUCGCUGGGACGGUAUUCUCGUCAGAUAUCAGAGCAAGUAAAUUGUUGGAAAACCACUGGUUAUUAUUAUUGAGUUGAUUGAAUAUAUGUAGCAGGUUCUAACAGUGGAAUCUUUUGACUAUGAAUGAAUUUUAGGUUCAGAAUUGAAAGUACCUCUGUCUUAUAUACCCAGUGGUGAUUGUAAUCUACUUAAAUUAUUAUAUUUUAUUUAAUCCAUUUAUUAAUCCCGCACAAAUAAAUUUCAAUGAUGAAUAUAGAAUAAUGUUCUCCUAAUUAUUUAUUGAUUUAACAAAUUAUAUUCGUAUUUACGAUAUGAUACGAUUUUAUUUUCUUUACUUUUUUCUGCGCUGAGUGUACUUUAACAGACAAUAGAGUCAAUUUUAUAAUUGUUUACUAUUCUUAUUGUAAUGUAUUGUACACUAAAUCAAAAUAUCAAAUAGUUAAUGUAUAGAGUUUUCUAAUGGGGCAACUAUAUUCGGCGUAUUGUAUGAAUUUAUCGCACGGCGGAGGAAAGUCUGCUUUUCGCAUAAUUAAAUUAAAACAUGUAUGCAUAAUCUCUAAAUUGUAAAGUCCUGUACAUAUUAGCGGAAGUUCUCAAAUUCUCAUUGCAUGUACCUCAGAUACUUUCAAAAAACAACUGCUAAUGUGAACAGGAAAUUAAAAAAAAUCUAGCACAAAUGCACGUAAUAUUAAAGCCAGCCCCUUUACACAUGUUGUUUUUCCCGCUCCAAGCAUAUUUUGUUGAACAUGUUAGUGAGUGAGUACACGCCUUAACAACCAAACAAUAGUGAAGCACGCCUUACAUUUUAACGUCACACAAUAUAUGUAACGAUAUAAAUAUGAUACAUAUUUACAUGAAUGUUUAGAGAAUAAUAAUCGUUUAGAUUUGUAUUUCACAUCUAGCUUUUACCCGACUACGGCGUCACUGGUUUUUAUUCUACCCAUUUAUUCUUCCAAAAAGGAGAGGUUCUCUAGUUCUAACUGGUAUAGUUUUCGCCAAACUUUCGCGUGUGUCGCUGCGCAGAAACCGUUUGCGAAGUCCGUGUUCAUGUGCUCGGAAAUUAGCUACAAAUCGCCCUCAAGUGUGGCGAAAACUGUACAAAUUUAUGCCUUAGCUCCUCUUUUGUCAACAUUUCAACCUAAAGUUGACCAUAUGACAACUCCGGUCCGUGGGUUAAAAAAAGAAAGAAAGAUUACAUUAAUUAAAUAUUCAGUUUUAUACAAGGACUAUAUUUUUAUUUAUUGACGUUAUAGAAUGCUCACUCUGUAGUCGGGUAUAAGUUAAUGAUUUUUAUAUAUGGCACCCAUUCUAUGUGUAACUGCAGAAAGCAUGGUAUGGGUCCGUGACUCCAAUAUACAAUAUAGUCCUCGAUAUAUGUAUACUGGGCAUACUGUCGCAAUUGUUAAUGUUUUUCAAAUUGUGACAUAGGUUAAUAGACUACUUACCGGUUAUAUAUUAUAUGAUUACCAUAAAUGUUGUUCAACAAGCUCGCUGUUAUCAUCAAGUUAUUUAUCCAAGUGAUCUAUCUUGUUCAUAUUGUUACGCUUCUUUCCUUAUAAAUAAUUAUCAUGUCUCACACGGAAGAUUUAAAAUACAAAAUGCACAGUCUUCGGAACGAAUGAGUUUUAUUUUUUUAUAAGGAAAGAUUUAGAACUACAGAAAACUAAUUUCUUAAAAUUUAAUUUGAUAUUAUUUUAGAUGACGAUCAUUUACUACCAUUAUUUUAUUGUCGUUAAACGUUUACUGGCCUAUUGCGAUUUAUUCUCAUAAUUGAGUGUGGAAGUAGGUAUCCCCAGUGUUUCUUUUUCUCUAAAUACAGUCCAAAUUACUACUUAUUUUAGAAAAGAUAGGCACAGAAAAAUGUUCAAAAGACUUCCAACUGAUAUUUAAAUAAAUUAAUUAUUAACUAUUAAUGUCAAUUUUGUUUUACAUAUAUUUUUCUGUGGCUUUCUUUUUGAAACGAAUUAAAGGUGAAGGGGGAUGCGUCCUUAUGAAACAUUUUCGAAAACUUCUACGUAGAAAUCUUUAAAAAAUAAUGUAACUGACUUAAAUUCGCUGUUGUACAGGCGACAAGUGUAUUAAAGUGUUACAUAUUUGUUA